CUAAUCAUAGCCUCCACAGGCAUCUAUAUAAGAGCAAAGAUGGCUAGGAAGAACGUCGGAGUUGUUACUGGGACAAUGCCUGGUGAGGGGAAUGAGGAACUAUUAACAAUGCGUAGCCCCGUCAAUAUGGUUCCUAGCCAACCAAAGAAGAACAAGGGGAGACGUUCAUUUUUGUCUGCUUGUUUUGCAUUCCGUACAGAGUCUAUGAACAUGGGUAGCCAACAGAAGGUUAGCCAAGCCACUGGAACGAGUCAAUAUAGUUCAAAGCUACAGGAGGCACUGGACAAGUUCGAUACAGGAUCCAAUGACAGUCAGCCGGUGUCUCAUUUCUACUGUUUCGACGGCAACGUGGAGAAAUUCCUACGGUUCACCAUCCCUAGGGAAGGCGUCCCUUUGUUGGAGAAGCUCCACAGCCGUUAUGGUGACUUCACAGCAGAGUGUAGGCUAGGAAACAUGGCUGGGAGCAUGUUUCUAAAGCUUCUAUCUGCUAUACUUCUAGAUAUUUGCCGCGUGCCCUUGAAGGACUUGGAUAUUACUCGUGUUUACGAGUGGCGCGAUGCACUGAAGGAAGUUCUCGCAACUGGCUUUGACGUGCGAUUUCUACUUGGUCAUCUCCGCCACAUGAUUGUGGAGUUUCACAACCCUCCACCAGAGCAGGAGCUUGCGGAGUUGGAGGCCACAAUUACAAAGAAAGAAGCUGAACUGUUGGAGCUAAGGGCCAGGAAGGACAGGCUUGCUGUUGCCUGUUCUUCUUUUGGAGUUGGAUCUUGUUUUGACCAUAUACUUAUUUAGUGUUUCUGUAAUAACUAGGUGAAACUUUACGAUUUUCUGGUUUUAUUUG